AUGGGGUUCGUUGUCGUCGAAGGGGACACUGUUUUGGCUAAGGCAAACAUCAUAGCUAGACCAGAAGCGAAAGCUCACCAGACGGGUGAGCAGAUUCGAUGCAUGGCCAGAUCAGGGUCGUUCUGCGCUCCCACAACAACUGUUGCACCUGGUUUCGUGCAAGCAAACCUGAUUGUCCUGCCAUCAAAAUAUGCAUCUGAUUUUCGGCGAUUCUGCAAAAGGAAUCCCGUUCCAUGUCCGCUCUUAGCAGAAUCGAAGAGUAUUGGGGUGUGGGAUCAGCUUCAAUCGCACGUACCAGGCCUUACUGGCGAGCAAAUUGCAGCCAACGUCGACAUACGCUCAGAUUUCCCUCUCUAUCUUGUCUACGACAAUGGAACAUUGACGAAAUCUAAACAAAGCCUUCAGAGCGAAUGGACUCAAGACCACGUGGCCUUCCUCAUCGGAUGUUCCUUUUCAUUUGACAAUGCUCUCACCCUUGCAGGCCUUCCCCCAGCACAUACGCUGUUUGGCCGAAACGUUCCGAUGUAUCGAACUAGUAUCCCGUUGUGCCCUGCGGGCGCAUUCAAGAAGUCGACUUAUGUUGUUUCGAUGAGGCCAUAUCGAAGGAAGGAUAUCGAGAGGGUCCGGGAUAUUACUCGUCCGUACCUCAUCACACACGGCGAACCUCUUGAUUGGGGGUGGGACGCGCUUAACCGACUGGGCAUCGCAGAUAUCUCCCAUCCGGAAUAUGGAGAUAAACCUAUCACACCAGACGGUGCAGAAUUUGUCAAAGGAAUUGGUGUAGGCGGUGAGACGUUAGAGCCUGUUUUCUUCGGAUGUGGAGUCACUCCUCAGGAAGCCAUCCAAAGGAUUGGGCUUCAGGGGAGAGUCUUUGCUCACGCUCCGGGUCAUAUGAUAGUGCUCGACAUAAGGGAUUCAGAUAUCAUUCAGCACACCUGA